GUUCUAUUUAUGAAGUGUUCCAUUUAGCCUGAGGAUGAUCCAAUGAAUGGAUCGAAAACGUUUGUUUUAAUUAAAAAUAAUCUCUCAGCGAAAAAUAAGGUGUUGGAUUACAUAUUUGGUGCCAGUAAAUCAGUAAAUAAUAUAACAAUGAAGAAAGUCGGAAUUGCUCACCUGGGACUAGAGUCAAAAAGAAAUUACUACUGCAUGACUGAGGAGAAAAAUGCAGCAGAAUCGGCAUCGAGAGGAGAUGUCGUUUCAGCAUGUAAGGAAAGAGUGAAAAACUAUUAUCAAACCGAGUUUGAGUGUAUGAGAUCGUUCUGUUUCGAAGGGAACAUCUACGAUUUUCCAAUAAAAGAUUACUAUUUCGAUUUGCCACUGGAAAAAGCACUUCUGUUCGAAGGAAAUGUUACUAAAAAGGUAAAAUUACAAGAGUUAUUUGCCGAUAAGCAUAACAGAUAUCAAAGUAUUUUGGUUUCUGGAAAUCCCGGAUACGGAAAAUCCACUCUUUGCAAGAAAAUCGCGUACGAUUGGUCUUGCGAUGGAAAUGUAAAAGAUUACGUAUAACAUUUCGAUUUGGUCGUGGUCAUAAAUUUAUCCGAUCUUGGUACAACGAAUGUAAAAGAUGCUGUUCUUGAUAAAUUAUUUCAGGAAUCGCGUAAAGAAGCAAAAGAAAUUUUGGAAGCGGAAGAAUUAAACCUAUUGGUUAUUCUGGAUGAAUUUGACGAGACAACUAACAAAAAAUCUGUUUUAAAAUUUAUUAGAGAAGAUUCAUUUUACAUUUCUCUUCGAAUGACGAUCCUCGUCACCAGUCGACCAGAAGCCGCUGAAUGCAUGAAAGGGUACGUGCAAAUGCAUUUGUUGUUGCACGGUUUUGGAGAUGUAGAACGAGCUCAGUAUAUUAAACAAAUGUUUAGAGAUGAGAAAGAUGCUUUAAAACAAAUUCAAUUAAACAGCUUAUUGUUGGAAGGUAGAUUUAAUUUUGAAUUUAAUAGAUGUCCUCUGUUGAUACACGUGUUGUGCUGUGUCUUCAAACACACCAGAAUCAAUUACGAAGAAACUAAGACUGACUUGUUCAUUCGAAUAUUUGAUGUCUUUUCUGAAAGUUACAUACGCAAGUAUGCAAAUGUAAAAAAUUUCCAGAGAGGAAAAUAUUUCUUAGGGGAGAAUUUGUUAAUUAAAUUGGGAAAGCUUGCAAGUUUUUCAGGUAAAGUUUCACGGAUAAUUUUGGAAAAGCAUUUCC